CACCGGGCAGUGAACAAUACCCCCGGCUGUCGCCCGCUCUCGAACACGAGACUACUUGGCGCUCAGUGUUCAAAAACCGCCCCGGUGUACUUACCGAUCCGUGAGCUGACCUCGUCCCCCAAAUCCAACCCCAUUCGUCCCCUUUAUUCUCGUCCAGUUCCAUUCCCCAUUUUUUUCUCGAUCUGGAAACAGCAAGAAAUUACGAUCGAGGGUUUUACCUGUCCAGGCCACAUGGAUUCUGAGAUUAAGCCCGGAGAUGGCUUCCUCGACCUCAACUUCGCUGCUGGAGAACAGCCGGAAACCCUAACCGGAGUGGAGGAAGCUGAACAAGCUGAGGCGGCGAUUGGCAAACACGAUGACGGGACGGACUCCGGAGGCGGCGGUUUAGCUGAAACCGAGAAGGUUACCGUGGAAGCCGAAGAUACGGAGGCAGACGAUGAUGUGGUCGAUGAGAAAUCGAAGGACCGAAGUGUGAGAUCCAGUGCAAAGCGAAAGAAGGGAAGGCGGCGGAAAUCUGCUGCGGUUCUCGAUGAGCAUGAUUCUUGUUGCUGCCCCUUUCAGGAUGAGAACAAGACUGUGUUUGCAGUUUCUGAUUUGGUUUGGGGUAAGGUGAGGAGCCACCCAUGGUGGCCGGCUCAAAUAUUCGAUCCUUUUGAUGCCUCCGAGAUGGCAUCGAACAAUCGGAAAAAGGAUCACUAUCUAGUUGCUUAUUUCGGAGACAAAACCUUCGCUUGGUGCGAUGAUUCACAGUUGAAGCCUUUCCAGAAACACUUUUCGCAGUUGGCAAACCAAAACAGCAUGGACGUGUUUCUAACCGCUAAGAAUGCCGCGCUUCAGGAGGUUUCACGGCGUGUUGAUUUGGGAAUGGCAUGCCCCUGUUUUAGGGAUGAAGGUUAUGCUAGACUUCGGGACUCGAAGUUUGAGAAUGCUGGUGUACGAGAAGGAACUACCAACUAUGCUGUUGACCGGUCCUGGAUCGCAAGCUCCUUUGAUCCUCUUAGGUUAAUUGGUUCUAUCCGAGCAUUGGCACGGUCACUGAAUGAAGGGGUAGACAAGUUGGAGCUCGUAAUAUUCAAAUCUCAGUUGAAAGCCUUCUAUCGCUCAAAAGGGUAUUCUGAACUUCCGGUGUUCGUUGUUGGGGCAGGACUAGAGGAUAACAUUGAGGCUUCUCUAUCAAAAUUUUUAGAUAGUGCUUCUAGGAAGAAGAGUAAGUCAGGCGACAAAGGGAGCUCGGUUGGCAAAGAGAAGCUUGGUUCGGUAUCUAAGGAAAAGAUAUCAGGUAAAGAAGUUGCAGGCCUCUUAAGUUCGACUUCUUCUGAUGAAGUUUCUAUGAAGAGAAAGUCAAGAGAUAAUGGUGGUUCAGUUAACAAAGGGAAACAGGGUUCACAAUCUAAGAACAAAAGAUCAGGCAAAGAAGUUGCUGAUCGCCCAAAUCAAACUUCUAAGCUGAUCGGCAAACAGGAGCAGAGUCCACCAUCCAAACUGAAAAAAUCAGGUAAAAGAUUCUUUGAUCCCUCUCCAGAUACUGAUUCGAGAAAGACAAAGUCAGUACGCCGGUGGAGCUCUGUUGGCACAGAGAGACAUGUAGUUGAGUGUGGUAGGAAAAGGAAGAGUGUGUCAAAACUGAUCGAAGAGAGUGAUCAUCAGGGUUCAGAUGAUGACAAAGGUACUUCACGUUCAUCUCACAGAAAACUGGAAGUGGAAGAUUUUGAUGUCGAUGAUAUAGGGAAGGGAAAGGAGAAAAAACUCGACGCAUUAGGAGAUUUCGUGUCCAAAUCACAGACUUCAAGUUCUAGACAACAGUCCAAGUUCGGGGAACUGAUGCGCCGAGUGGCAGGGCAGAUGACGGGAUCACCUCCUAUGCUGAAGCCUAAUGGUGAAACAGUUCGUAGAAGCUCAUCUAAAGUGACCCGUAGAAAACGGGGCAGCAGUGCUAUCCUUAAACAGAAGAAGUCUAUGCGAGAAACUAAUAGCGUCUCAAAUGGAAAUUCCUCAGAUGAGAUGCGUCCAGCAGGCACUGCAGUUAGUGAGGAUGAAAAAUCAGUAUCCAAUGGGCAGGACACCGAAGAACAACAAAUGAAGAAGCAAAAGAAGCAGCAGCAACCUGAUGAACAACAAAUUUCGGAUAUGAAUUCGGAGGGUAAUUCAUUAAAUCCAAGUAACAGGUCCUCAGAGUUUUCAACGAAAGACUACUUGCCUUCUGAAGCUGAACCUGACACAACCUUUUCAGUUCACAAGAACGAAGUUAUUUCAGACGUGAUGUGUGUCGAUGCCCAUGGAUGAGAUGAUGGGUACGCUGUUCUGGAUGACCAUAUUUAGCUCUUCUAGAUUUUUUCAUUUUCUCGUUGGCCGAUUUUAGUUCUUUGAACUGGUAUAUCGUUCUCAUUGUGCAAUAUUUAUUUGCUCCUCGCAAAUGCUUCGAUAAUAUAAGCUACUACAUAAUCAGUUAGGGUAUGUUGUAGUUAUAUUAAUAGUACAGUGAGCUCCUUCUGUUGGCUUAACUAUUUAUGGUUGCUGGUCAUUGGUAUGUUUUAGAGAAUUGUGACUUUUUAUUUCGUCUGCAA